AUGGUUGACACUGGGAGCUCGGUCGAUAUACUUUAUUGGGACACCUUCCAAAAGCUCGGCCUGGUAAAGGAGAACAUAAAGCCGGUACGCUCAACACUCACGGGGUUCACCGGAGCCUCAAUCUCGUCACUAGGGGUCAUCACCCUGCCCCUAACUUUGGGAGUCUUCCCGAAGGCAAAAACAGUGAUGACCUCCUUUCUGGUGGUCGACCUCCCCACGGCAUACAACGCCAACCUCGGACGGCCAACCCUCAACAAGAUCCGAGCCGUCAUCUCAACGUACUACCAAACCAUCAAGUUCCCGACCCACGAUGGGGUCGGGGAAGUGGCGGGGAACUCCUGGGAGUCCAGGCGCUGCUACUUGACUGCUGUGUCACUAAACAAGAGAGCGAGGGUCCAAUCCCCGUUGGAAGACCCCCGGGAGGGAAAAAAACCGACCCCCCGCCCCGAGCCGAAGGAAUCCACCAUCAACUUACCACUGAUCGAAGGAAGGCCCGACCAAACAGUCAAAAUCGGGUCGGGACUGCCCGAACAAGAGCAACAGCAGCUCGUCGGCCUUCUGCGAGCCAACGCCGACAUCUUCGCUUGGACGCCGACUGACCUAGUCGGAGUCCACCCGGAAGUCGCGCUGCACCACUUGAACAUCUCGUCCGACGCCCGCCCAGUAAAACAAAGACCCAGGCGGCAGGCCCCGGAUCGGCAACUGGCCAUCCGAGAAGAGGUAAACCGACUUCUGGCGGCCGGUUUCAUAGAAGAGGCAAGUCUCAAUAAUGCUUGCCCAAAAGAUUGCUACCCCCUACCGAAGAUCGACCAGCAAGUUGACGCCACGGCCGGCCACGCUCGUCUUUCGUUUAUGGACGCAUUCUCCGGGUACAACCAGAUCAAGAUGGCACCCGAAGACCAAGAACACACAGCCUUCCUCACCCAGCAAGGGAUAUAUUUUUACAAAGUCAUGCCGUUCGGGUUGAAAAAUGCCGGGGCAACCUACCAGAGGAUGGUGAACAGGAUAUUCGCCCAUCAGAUUGGACGAAACAUGGAGAUAUAUGUCGACGACAUGAUCGUAAAGAGCCGAACGGUGGAGACCCAUCCUUCCGACCUAGCUGAAACAUUCGACACCCUGCGAAGGUUCGGCCUGCGCCUCAACCCCGCCAAGUGCGCCUUCGGCGUGACCUCAGGAAAAUUCCUCGGAUUCAUCAUACAUGAGAGAGGGAUUGACGCCAACCCGGAAAAGAUACAGGCCAUCAUUGACAUGCAGCCUCCUCGGACGAUCAGAGACCUGCAGCACCUUAACGGGAGGCUAGUUGCGUUAUCACGUUUUCUUUCCCGAUCGGGAGAUCGCUGCCUCCCCUUCUUCCAGGCCCUGAAGGAUCCGAAGAACUUCCGAUGGACGACGGAAUGUGAGAGGGCCUUCGAGCGGAUGAAGCAACACCUGGCCAACCUCCCCCGACCCACUUCAGUCUCCCCUGGGGAGAAACUGAGUCUCUACCUCGCCGCCUCCCAGCACGCGGUCAGUUCGGUUCUGGUCAAAGAAAAUUCCAGCGACCAACUGCCGGUCUACUAUGUCAGCCACAUGCUGAGCGGGCCAGAAGAAUGCUACCCGCCAAUCGAAAAGCUGGCGCUGGCGCUCGUCCUGUCGAUGCGAAAACUCCGCCCUUAUUUCCAGGCCCACCCAAUAGAGGUAAUAACUGACCAGCCGCUCCGGCUUGUUCUGUCUAAAUUCGACGUUACAGGGCGUCUCCUCAAAUGGGCAGUGGAGCUCGGCGAGCACGACAUACAGUAUAUACCGCAGACCGCCAUCAAAGCACAGGCCGUGGCAGACUUCAUUGCGGAGCUGACCCCGAGCACAGGCGAGGAACUCGAGCCAUCGCGUGAGACGUGGACCCUCCACGUAGACAGGUCGGCCAACGCAAAAGGCACCGGCGCAGGGCUGGUGCUGGUGACACGUGACGGCCGCUCGAUCGAGCGCUCCUUCUGCUUCGGGUUCAGGGCCACCAACAACGAGGUAGAAUACGAGGCUCUCCUGGCGGGGCUCCAGUUGGCACUGGAAAUGCGGGUGACUGACAUACGCGUUAUCACCGACUCACAGCUGGUGGCUAGGCAGCUCGACGGCGGAUACGAAGCCCGGGACCUGACUAUGGCGAAAUAUCUGGCACAGGUAAAAAGCCUUGCCACCAAGUUCGCCCAUUUUGAAUUGUCGAAUGUUCCCAGGAGCGAGAACCAGCGAGCCGACACCUUGGCAAAAUGGGCGUCCGGCUCGGCCCCCUGGGCUCGACCCGAGACCGAAGUGCUCCCCCACCGAGCCAUAGAGGUCGUCGCCACGGUCACGGGCGGCGCGCCGGCCACUUGGGUACAGGAGAUGCUACGCUUCAAGCGGGAUGGGGCCCUACCCGACAAUGAAACCACAGCUCGACGCUUGCGUCGGACGCAGGCAUGGUACGUCGAAGAGGAAGGACGGCUGUACAAGCGGUCCUUCUCGCGCCCCUUGUUACGCUGCCUAGAGCCGAACGAAGCUCGGACCAUUCUGUCUGACAUGCAUGAAGGGGCCUGCGGGGAACACAUAGGCGAACGAGCCCUAGCGCACAAGAUACUCCGACAGGGGUACUACUAG